AUGUGUCCAGAUGCAUCCCCACCGAAUCGAAAAUAUUCAGAUGUGGAAUUGGAUAUUGAGUCCUUAAGAAUGAUUGUUAAUCCUACACAAGACCAGAUAGAUGAAAGUCUAGACAAUGAUAUUGGAUAUUCUCAAUUUUCGUCAUAUAAUGUAAUAACAUAUUAUCCCGGUAUUUUUAUAAGAUAUUUUUACAGAUUGUUGAAUCAUUUCUACGAAAAUAGAGAUGAUAUCAAUCCUUAUGAUGAAACACAUACAAAUACAGAAAAUAAUAUUAAUAUAGAAGGAAAUAUCAAGAUUAUUCCAGCACCAAAUAAUAUCCUCAAUGAUCAAAAUGAAUAUGCUACUGUUCCUGAUCCUGAACAAAUUCAGAAAGAUCAAGAAAACAAUAACAUCGAAAUUGAAGAGCUAAAUAAUGCUUUAGUUAUUUCAAAUGCUUCAUCAAACGCAGAAAACUAUGCAAAUGACACAAAUUUACCAAAUCCUUAUUCAGAAAGUAAUCGUCCACUACGCAAUUUAGAAUUAUCAUGUUUUUCGAACGAAAACAUGUUAGCUUCAGAUAUAAUAUUUUAUGCAAUUGUUACGCUUUUGCCAUUUUUAGGAAUUCUGUUAUAUUGUUUUAUUAAGCCAAAGAGACCACGAGUGGCAUUUUAUAUUUUAAACUACUCAAUGGUUUGUUUUAUCUUAUUUGGAGUAGCAUUGUUUGUUUUUUUACUGUAA